AAUAAAACUAUUGCCUUCCAGCACGCAAACGCCAGACUUACACUCUGUUACGUAGAAUAGAAGCGGAGUAUUUCACGCCGAAGAUACCAUAAGCAUCAUGGGUGUUCCCGAAACAUUCAAGGCAGCUGUGGUGCCCAGUCCAGGUAAAGAGCAUGUCAUCGUCGAUAGAUCACUGCCGACUCUCCAGUCUGGUGAAGUGGCUAUCAAGAUCACUGCGACAUCUAUCAACCCCAUAGACUGGAAGAUGCGUGAUCACGAGGUCUUCAUUACAGACUUCCCCGCGGUCCUGGGAUCCGAUGCCGCGGGCGAGAUCGCGGCCAUUGGGCCAGGCGUCUCAGACUUCAAUGUUGGAGAAAGAGUUUUCUUCCAAGGAAUAAUUGGAAAUUACGAUGCAUCUACAUUCCAACAGUAUGCAAAGAUCGAUGCAGCACUGGUGGCCAAGACCCCUAGCAACAUUAGCGAUGACCAGGCCAGCGGAAUUAUGCUUGCGAGUCUAGCAGUACUCACGGCGUACUACGACAAGACAGGCCACGGAUUGCCCGUACCGUGGGACAAAGGCGGGGACAAAAUCGGCAAUGGUGCCGCAAUCGUCAUCAUUGGCGGCAGCUCUUCCAUGGGCCAAUAUGCGAUCCAAAUGGCACGACUGUCUGGAUUCUCCAAGAUCAUUACCAACUCGAGUCCUGCGCACAAAGACUAUCUUCGGAAGCUAGGUGCAACAGUCGUGCUCGGUCGCGAGGCCACGGCGGACGAUUUCGCUGCCACCAUUGGAGAUAAUGUACCUCUUGACUUCAUCCUUGAUACUAUCUCCGCCAAAUCCACCAGGGAGUUAUCUGUUGGCAUUGUGAAGGCAGUCAAGUCGACGAAAGAGGCAGUAACCAAGAUUGUUGUGGUUCUACCGGAAGUCUUGGAUUUCGAGAACUUCGACGUCCAAGGCGAGUCAAAAGUAACUCUCCCUAGGAUCAUCGGCCUUGGAAGUGUCCCCUCGCUUCGAUACUUGAGUGAGCCGUUCGCAAAGCAUCUUGGCGGCGAUGACGGUUACAUUGCCCGAGGCCUGUUUGAACCUAAUCGACCAGUGAUUGUGCCAGGUGGUUUGGCCGGUGUGGAGGCUGCUUUGGCCAAGAACAAAAAGGGCGUAUCUGGCGAGAAGGUUGUCAUUAGGCCUUUUGAAUAAAACGUUGAUGUUAUUAAAAAUAAAUAUUUAACUAUAUAUCAAAUAUAUUAUUUUUAACACUGUUAUUACUCGUAUUUGAUAUUUCAGCAGCUAAAAGGUUCAUGCUGUCGAAUAUUGGCGGGCUUUGUUGUAGAUUCUGGAUUGCUUUAGUUGCAUUUUGGCUGACCAAUUGUGCUUGACGCAAAUCUUCUGUAAAAAGAUAGAAGCCUUCUGUGGACUCGACGAGGUAAGACUGCAGGCCUUUGCUUUCCAGCAAGACGUUAACGUUAGUGAGAGGAUAGUUAUUCUCGAUGAAUCGUGCCCAUCCCCUAGCAGCCGCUUGGACAUGGUCACUAUCCUUGAUCCUUUUCCAGCCUAUGCCAAGGUGUAGUGUGAAGUGAUCGAUGACUAUCUCGUCAUUAAUACCGUUUUCUGAGCCAUCUGCGUUUGGCAAUGAGGUCGCCGAUGUUGGUUUACUAGAAGACGCGUGGUCGCUCCCAACGAGAAGCCUUUGGGAUUUGUGGCUUCUCAGAGGCCGGCCAUUUGCUAGUCCACUCCCGUCCUGUUCAGUGAUCAAAUCGUCAAGCUGAGCGCCAGAUUGGUUAUCUGUUUCACCAAUUGAAACCGCACGCGGUUUAACGAACACCAUUCCCUCACCAUUCAUCCCAUUAUGUUGCGAAUUGCAGUGUGAUGCAUCUGGCUCGAGAUUAUGUGAAGCCUCCUCGUGAGACCGCUUCUUGCCAAUGGCAUGAGAAGGUUGUUGGAGGAAUGAUGAACUCUGCGAAAACAUUGUCGACUGCUGGUGUGGGAGAGCUGUCAUUGGUAAAUAGAGACAGAGAAAUAGGAAUAGCGAAUCUUGAGAGCGAGCGAGAAUCGUGCGGGAGUAUGUGGUGAGCCACCGGCAGGAUUGUGGCGAU